AUGAAGUUCCUCUACAUGAUCACCUUCGUGGCUGGCGCGACCGCCAUCGCAGUUGAGCCCCGUCACCACCAAGGAAAGGGCGGCGGCGGCAAGGGCAAGGAUCAUUCAGCUGGUGGUGCUGCCGCCGGGGGUGGGCUGGCGGCUCUCCUUGGUGGCGCUGCUGGUGGCGGUGCUGGAGCUGCAGGUGGGGCUGCCGGUGGUGCUAAUGCUGCUGGCGGAGCUGCUGGCGGAGCAGCCGGCGCCGGGGGCCUUGCUGCACUCCUCGGGGGUGCGGCCUAA